AUGUACGCAAUCACUGGAGAGGAUGUAGCUCGAGCAAUUUCAUGGCUGCUUGGAUGGUCAUAUUUCACCUCAUGGUCGCUAUCCUUCUACCCACAACCUCUUCGCUGCUGGAAACACCGCUCCACUCGUGGUAUAACAGUUGAUUUCCCGCUGCUGAACAUUGUUGGGUUCACCAGUUAUACCAUAUCGACAGCAGCCUUUCUCCUCGCGCCCAGAAUCCGUCAGCAGUAUGCUCUUCGCCAUCCCUUCGCUCCUGAACCCACUGUGCGAUUCAAUGAUUUGAUCUUUGCUUUACAUGGCACCAUUGUCUGCUUUGUUUUCUACAGCCAGUUCUACCCGAGACUAUGGAAUUUCGAAGUCGUUAAAGGCCAGCGAGCUAGUUCUACGGCUCUUGGUAUCUUUUACGGUAGUAUUGUUGGCGUGGCCAUUACUACUCUACUAGUGUCCUUAUUCAGAAGUGAAACGGAUACUCCUGACUCUUGGGCUGAGAUUGAUAUCGUGCGUACAAUCCCGAAUAUUCUCUGUGGAGGCAUGUGCUAA